AUGGUCGGAAUUCGGGACUUAAUGCCAACCCUCUGGCAUUUCAAGAUCUGGGAGCCUGAGAUUGAUCCUGACGAUAGUUUUAGAGACGGUAUAUGCCACUGCCUCAAAAAGCUAUCCAAGCUGGUUGAGUUAGACUCCUAUGAGGUGAACGUUGAGAAGGGCCUGGCUGUCGCAAAGGUAGUCCGCCUGCGAAAAUCCAAGAUUGCUAUCCAGCAGAGUAAAACAUUCGAAGAUGGCAUUGAGCCUACGUCUAGCGUCUUCCAAACAUACUGGACUGCGUCGUUCUUCAACGGAAUCCUGUCACAAGGCCCUGAGCUCAUUGAAGAGGCUCCUUUUCGCGGUUCUGGCCAAGGUAAACCGUACCUCGCUCCUACUGCUCUUGCGUUUGCGGUUGCUGCUCUUGGAGGCAUCUUCGACGCCUUCCGAAUGUUCCAACAACUUUAUAGCAAACCGCUCACGAGUGUUGAAGACGUGCAGCGCACUAUAAAAGAGUCAACUCCCACCGUGGAAUCCUGGUUGAACUGGCUUUUUGAGUCAGAGGCAAGCGAAAGUAAAAGCCAAGAGGGAACACUGGACAAGCAGAAACUGGAAGAGAGGAGGUUAAGUUAUAAGAAGGAUCUGACCCGGUUCACUGAUGCUUUUGAUAUCUUCCUCGAGAGCUACAAAAACAUCCCAGCACCUUUAACUAACGGUGGAGGAGCAGACCUCCGUUCCGGUGCCUGGACGUGCACCAUCUGUAGUAAUCUCUGCGACAUGAUGACCGUGGCGUCUAAGCUCCUCAGAAACAACAAGUGUCUCAUUAAAGCUAGGAAUCAAGAGUUAACACAAGCAGUCCAAUCAGGGGUCUUCACCGCUGUGUCCGCUUCCAUGGUGUGGUUAAAUGCGGCUUCAGUGGCAGUUGUUGAUGCUGCCCCCGCUUCUGCAACCGCUGUCUCCGCUACAGCGCCAUCUAUAGCCCUUUUUUUCUUGGUAGGGGGCACAUCCAUUUUAUCCGCUUUGGUUUCCGUCAACUCUUUCAAUAAGAGCCAGGAGCUCAACGUGGAGUGUGAGAGGCUCAACGACGUUUUUGAGGCGAUAAUUUCUUCUUCGACAAAAAUCCUCAAUGCCAAUAUCACUGUGCAGAAAUUUCAACAUGACAGGACCAAACCAUCGUCCACCUCGGCAGAAAAAGACUCACAAGGUCGAUGGGAGCAACCCAUUGUCGAAUUCGACCGUAUGUCGCUAGAGCACAAGAAUGAAGGAUGUUCUGAGUUAGAGCUACUGAUGAUGUAUAUCAAUGAACAGGGUAUUGCGCUGCAGAAGCAACGCGAAAGACUCAUCAUCUGA